AUGGUGAGCAACAAGGACAACAGCGAUGCUGUUCCAAACCGCCGCAGCAUGCGGCUCAGAGAUGCUCCCAGACAAGACUACAAGGACAUCGUCAUGCGUGGGCGUGAUGCCAUCGAGGAAUUCAAGGUUCGGAAAGUCGUGUCAAAUUCACCCGGUGCCAGUUCACCGAAUUCAUCGGGUCGACGUUCUUCACUGAAAGGCUCACCUAGUGCUUCUGGUGGUGAGAAAGGAAGCAAAGGACAACGGCGUGGUGGGCGAAAGACCAGGCAAGAGAGAGAGUCAUCAUUUGAAGAAAAUGGAGAGACUUCUUCCCAGUCGUCUGAGUCUGAACAGAAGAUAGACCAUAGCGACAUUCAUCCCUCCUCUUCACCUCCUGCCACCAAGCAGUAUUUCACUUUGUCAAGUGAACAGACAUGUGAACCUAAUGAACUGCACAAAGGUUCACCAUCAAAUGUGAAGCAGUAUUUCACUGGGCCAAAUGAAAUAGCAUCAAGUGAAUCUACUGACGUGAAAUCUGAAGGGACAGGAAAUAAAGCAGUCAAAUAUAAACCUAUUGAUGUUCCUAAAGUUCCUGCUGAUCCACAACCAGUAGGAGCAGGCAGUAUCCAUGCAAUGGAAGCUGAGAUCUCCAUGGAACAUCCUCCGGCAAUGAAAUUAGGUAUCUCUCGUGCUCAAAAUUCAGUGGAUGAAAUUGUAACUGCUCGUGGAGGAACUCGCUUCAAAGCUAAAGAGAGUGUAGGCCACAGAGGAGGGGAUAAUGCCCAAGGAGAUAAUUCAUUUGAGAAUUCCAUUGAAAAUCAUGCUGGCUCUCUGUCUUCAAAACCUGUGCAUGACAAGGAUGCACUGGUUAAUGAUUUAAGAAAGGAAAUGACUCCAUCACCUCCAUUCACACGUGAAGCUUUAAGUCCUCGUGAAGAACAGAAAACUAAAGCCACAGCUUCGAUGAUUUCAAAAAUUCCACCUGGCAAGUGCAAAUCUGAUGAAAAACUAAGCAGCAGCAGCAAGAGCAGGCCUAAGCAUGGCAGAGAUUCACAGAAAGGUACAAAUCAUUCAGAAGGCCAUGUAGAAGGGAAAUAUGUCUCAAAGAACAAGGAAGACAGAAACCACUCACAGACUUCUCACUCCAAGACUCAGAAAAAAGAAUACAAUCAGAGAAGUACUGAUAUCAGUAAACCACAAAAAACAGAGGUCUCUCAUGAUAGAUCACAAAGAAGUCAUGACAAGAGAUAUGCAACUUCAUCAGAGCAAGAGCCUUCACUAAAAGGAUCCCCCACUGCUUCUACUAGUGAGAAAGCAAGUAUGGGGAAGAGCCACAGUGGUCGCAGGAUCAAACAAGAAACAGAUGUUCCAUCAGCACUGGUUCAUGAGGUUCAAUCCAGUGAUGACCUAGAUCAUGUCAUGGAGGUGGAAGUCAGAGGGAACACGGAGAUGAGAGAUAGAUCCCAAGGUGAUCCUGACAUUCCUUGUGAUACAGGGGGGACAAGAAUUGAUGGUGCAAGUGCCAUGGAAGUGGAAGUCUCCUUGGAACUCCCUUCUUCACCUACUAUGAUAUCAGCUAAUGUUGAUGCUCAAUUUCCAAAGGAUGAGACCAGAAGACUGGGAAAAGAUGACAUGUCAGAGAGCAGGGCAUUCAAGAAUCCUGUGUCUUCCCAACCUAGGCAUGAUGAGAAUGGACUAGUGAGUGCCAAUGUACCUGAACAGGCAGAAAUUAGUGCACCCAACCCUUGCAAUGAUUCAAAAAAGCCAAUGAAUUUACCCCUGUCUGGAAAAUUGCCUAAUAUAUCAUGUCACUUGAAGCAUAGGGUGGGUGACAAGACGUGUGUAUGCCAAAUGAGUGAUGUGAAGCAAGGUAUGAAUAGUGCUGAUGAGAUAGGCUGUAAGGAUAAAUCAAAGUUCCCUGCAGCUGAUGUGAUGAAUGCAAGUGAGUCAGUGGAUAUGAAAGAACAAAUGAAUGAUGAUGAACUGAAAUUGGGACCAGAUGAAAGUGAUUUACAUUCUCUUCAACCUAAGCAUGAAUCCACCAUUGACACUUCAGAGAAGACAAUUGAAUUUGAGACAAUGCCCACAUCAAUAUCUGACAUUCAUUCAAAUAAAGAACUAAGAAAUGAGACUGACAUUGUUUCCGGUUCAAGAUCAUCUGACAAGCACAAAUCCAAUGCAGAACACCAUAGUAGAACCAGGCAAAGCAGAGAUUUGAGGAAAGAGACCAAACCCUCAGACAAUCCUAAAGAGAGACAGUUUGGUUCCAAAGACAAGAAUGUGAAUGAGAGGAGGAGCCGCUCAGAGUCAUCUCAAUCCAGGAUGCACAAAGAGGAACACAGGCAUAGAAAAGAAGAUGAUCAGGACAGAAGGCGAAGGUCAGAUGCCUCUCAUGAAAGAACAGAGAAAAGGCAUUCAAGUCAUACUUCUCACAGAGAGAGAAAAAGGGAAGAGUCACAUCAUAGGAAGGAGUCUGUAGAAAAGAAAGAUGAAGUAGUGGAAACAAAAUCACCCCAAAAGGUGCAGGAUUCGAAGGGAGAUAGGAAAGCUCCAGAAGCCAGUAGGAAAGGGAAGACUUUUGAUGAUACUAGUGACAUCAAAACAAGGAGCAGAGAGAGUGGGACCACUCGGGAUGAAGGGAAACCUGUCAAAAGCAGCGAUAAAGACAGGAAUGAAAACAAGUCUUCCAGGGCCCUUAGUGAAGAAACUUCCUCUAGGGACAGGAGGGACUCGGAAGUCAGAAGGUCAUCCAGAAAACUGGCUGCUCUGAAAGUACUCAAGGAAAAGGACCAGUGUGAAGAACAUGCUGAGAAAGUUCAAGCAAGUCUUAAGGUAGUUGAGAAGAUGGAGGGAGAAAAAAGUACAAAAUAUGAAGAUACCACAACUGAGGAGGGCCUUCAGAGUCAACCUCAGCUGGAAUUUUCUUCAAAUCCCAACUCCCACCAGACUAAGGCCCCUUCUGAGACUCAGGAAUCUGAUAUCCAUGAUCUCCAGCAAAAUUUGGAACACUUAAAGACAGCAGAUGAUGGCAAUUCAUUAACUCAGGCUUCCAAAGAGGGUUCUGGAGAGGACAUCAGCAUUGAUGUACCAGAGGAUGAAAUUCCCAAAAUGUCUGUAUGGCCUCCACCUGCUAUGUGCUUCAAGCGUCCCAAAUCUCCCAGUGACUCCCAGGACACAGACGAAAAUGACCAACCCUAUCCUGAAAAGGAACCAUCCAAGCAAUCCUCUAUACCUUUCAAGAAACGCCAUUAUCCCGUUGAGGAAGUCCAAGACAGUGAAGACUCAAUGACGUUUGAGUCCAGCAAGGCAGAAGAGAUGGAAUUUGAGGAUGGCAAUGGAGCCUGGAAGGACCCAAUACCAUAUAUCAACCUGGAGGAAAAUAUCUAUCAGAUGCCUAUGAAGAGAAGUAAGGACACGAGGCGAAUGCUGUGCGAUUGUGUCCUCCCGCCAGGAGGACUGGAAGGCUGUGGUGAAGAAUGCCUCAACCGUCUUCUCCUCAUUGAAUGUGGACCACGGUGCCGACUUGGAAACCUGUGUGCCAACAAAAACUUCCAGCAGAAGAACUACCAGAAGGUAGAACUUUUCUAUUCCCCCAAGAAGGGCCAUGGACUCAAAGCAGGACAAGAUAUGGAGAGUGGUGCUUUCAUCAUGGAGUAUGUGGGGGAAGUGAUAGACUAUGAACAGCUGGAGAAGCGUUUGCAUGUCAAUUUGCAGUGGACUGUGAAUGGAGAGUUGCGAAUAGGGUUCUUCUGCAUUAAGGACAUCCCAGCUGGAGAGGAAAUCACGUUCAACUAUAACUUCCAAAUCUAUGGGGGUCAAGCUCAGAAGUGCUACUGUGGGGCGAGCAACUGCACCGGUUUCAUUGGGAACGAGGUUGACAGCGAUGAGGAGAGCGAGGAGAGCAACGAUCGUACUUUGGAGGAACUUGAUGACUCUUUGGAAGAGGAGCUGGAGUACCUGUGUGAGACUGGUCUCCGGAGCACAGAACACACGCAGACGCUGUGUCGACUGAUGGCCAAAGUGAAGGAAGCAAAGCCACGCCUCACGCUUCUCCGCCUCGUUCAGAAUGGGGACUCGGCCCACCACAAGGCCUUCCUUCGAUUCCACGGCCUCAACUUCAUCCGCUCCUGGAUGACUGAACUCUCGCUUGCCAACUCAGACCCUGACGUCUGCGAACUGAGGAGAGAGAUUUUGGCCACAUUGUCCAUUCUACCAGUGCCUCACAAGACGAUGCUCAUCAACAGCAAGAUCCUUCCUGCAGUGGAGGCCUGGACGGAGUCUCGAUCCUGCAGUUCCCAGGAAGUGUCAGGACAGAACAAAGAGAAUGAGGCAAUGGACCUCUCUGUGGAAGGUGUUACCAAAAGUGAUGCUAGUUUGACUUUGAGUGAUCCCCAGUUGCCAGUGUUAGCAAAGGAACUUCUGUCCGUUUGGAGCGGGUUGAAGGAACUCUAUCGCAUCCCCAAACGCAAAUCCCAAUCAGAGGAGGAAAGUUCGCUCUCUAGAGUGCCAUUCCUCCUGAGCCAGUUGCAGAAGGGAACACUGCCAUUGUAUCAAGGGCGGCGUCAGGUUCCCAUCCCGGUUCUCAGAGCGAGGCCUCGCGAACCUCUACUCCGACCGAAGCGUUCUGAAAAGGACCCGUACGAAGGCCUGAGCAAGGAGGACCGUCGUCGACUGUUCGAGCAGCAGGUCGCCGAGGAGGACGAGCGGAGGCGGCGGGAGGCGGAGGAGGAACGGAAGAGGCAGGAAGAAGCAGAAGAGCAGCUGAGGCAAUUCGGGAUCGAUCCUCAGCUCUGGCCUUACAUCCAGGCCUAUCUACCUCAGUUCUAUGCCUCUCCCGAUGGUGGCUUCUAUGCCAGUCUCCCAGAUGGGACGACGUACCAGGGAGAAGCGGCGAUCGCCCUGUACGAGUCGAUGAGCGGGACCCCGACGACUCACACCCCGUCCCCCCACCUUUCGAACGCCUCCCCGUCGGCCCCCCAGAUCCCCUUCGACCUUCCCCCGAAGUGGGUGGCAGCUACGGACCCGUCCGGUCGCGUCUACUACUACCACAUGCGGAAGCGGGUCCCCCAAUGGCUUCCACCGUUGAUGGCAGACGAUCCCGACAGCUCGAGCGACUCCAGUUCCUCGGGAGACAGCGACGAGGACGACAGUUCGUCCGAGGAUUCCGACGACGAAGACACGUCGUCUGCCUCGUCCGAUGAGGACAACUCUCAAGGAUCUCAGCCUUCCAGCACGGAGAACGAGGUGCCCGUUGCUGACGGAAGCGAAGUGACGCCAGGAGACGUCCCCCUCCCCCCGAACGGGAGGGAAGCCCCAGUAGCGGAGAUGUGUUCGCUGAGCAAGGAGGCGCAGCAGAGGCUGAAGAGGAGGCAGAAGAGACUCGAGACCGGGCUCGUCACCGAGCAUGCCAUCAGCCCUCGAAACGAAGAAGAGGAUCGAGAGGCGUUCAAAGAGCUGAUGAAGAGCGUGAAGCGCCGCAAGGAGCGCCUCCUCCGCCGCCGCCUCACGGACGAUCCCUCCGUUUUCAAGCGCCCCCGGUACUCCGACCCGGAAUACGCUCAGGGUGACGUUCUUUCCUCGAGCGACGAGGACGACGAGGACGAGGACGACUCCAGCCCGAACACGAUGGACGAAAGCUCGCUCGUCCCAGCUAAUCCCAUUGGAAAAAGAUCAUUCCACAAGGGAUCGGGAGGGGAUUUGGGGGGGAAGGGGAAAGGAAAUCGUACCCUGCGGGAGAUGGCGGGGCAUUCGCGGAGGCGGACGAACAUUCCCAGCACACACUGGGAUGGGACGACGUACGAGGGAGAAGCGGCGAUCGCCCUGUCUCCCCUUCGACCUUCCUCCAAAGUGGGUGGCCCUUUGUCGGCACUGGGGGACCCGCUUCCGCAUGUGGCAGUAGAAGUGACGCGACCGGAAGUGAUGCGACCACAACUGCCACCCACUUUUGAGUCGGCCGACGGCGAAUCGGAGGAAGCGAAAUAUUCCGUAGGAUUAUUGUUCACGAAUUCU